AUGGCUAUUUCCGGAGAAGCCCUUCAAACUAAUAUCACUAAACUCGGGCCAUUAGUUUUUCCAAUGUCAGAGCAACUUCUAUUCGUUGUAACUUUAGUCGCUAAAAAACUUUUUAAAAUGAAGAUUAAGUCAUACAUUUCCCAUUUCAAGUUGGCUUUCGAACAUUUUUGUAUUCAUGUAGGAGGGAAAGCCGUUUUAGAUGAACUAGAGAAACACCUUGAACUCAGUGAAUGGCAUAUAGAGUCUUCAAGAAUGACUCUUUACAGGUUUAGGAAUACUUCAAGUAGUUCUCUGUGGUAUGAACUGGCUUAUUCAGAGGCCAUGGGGAGGAUGAAGAAAGGUGAUCAAACGUGGCAGAUUGCAUUUGUUUUAGGAUUCAAGUGUAACAGUGCUAUGUGGAAGGCAUUGAAGACCAUAAAACCUGCCGGGAAGAAAAAUCCAUAG